GGGGGGGGGGGGGGGGCGAGAGGCAGCUUUGGUACAGCUGCUGAUGCCACGGUCUGAGAGCGAGACAGACACGGACACGAGAGAGGAGGAGCUGGCACGUGUGGAGCGGUGUUGGCAACUUGUGGCCAGAGAGGACGGGAGGAGGUGAGGGGGGGUUGAUUCACACACCCAAACAGCUGGACGGAUGAGGAGGCACCAGGGACCACGCGUCAUUCUCUGGUGUAUGGUGCACUGACCCUGCCUUCAACAGGCUAGGAGUUGGAGGACCAGGGUCAUGACCAGCUCUCCUGGCCCUGGUGGGCGGGCCUUAGUGCCAUGGCCAUGGGUGAGUCGGUGGCUCUUGGCUGCUUCUUUGGUCGCCGUCAUAACCUUCACGCUGCCAGGAAAUAGCGAGGCCUGUCCGCCCCGGUGCGAUUGCUCGGCUCAGCUGAGGUCGGUGUCGUGCCAGCGGCGGCGGCUCACCAACAUCCCAGAGGGCAUCCCAACAGAGACAAGACUUCUGGACCUCAGCAAGAACCGGCUCCGCUGGGUGCAAGCAGGUGACCUGGCACCGUAUCCGCGGCUGGAGGAAGUUGACCUCAGUGAGAACCUCAUCGCCACAUUGGAGCCCAAUGCCUUCGCCAGCCUCCAGAGUCUUAAAGUGCUGAAGUUAAGAGGAAACCAGCUGAAGUUAGUGCCCAUGGGGGCUUUCGCUAAACUGGGCAAUCUAACCAGCCUAGACCUGAGCGAGAACAAGAUGGUGAUUUUAUUGGACUACACCUUCCAGGAUCUGAGGGGCCUGAAACAUUUGGAGGUGGGAGACAACGACCUGGUUUAUAUAUCCCACAAGGCAUUCUCAGGGCUGCUGGGGCUUGAAGAUCUCACGAUCGAGCGCUGCAACCUGACAUCCAUCUCUGGCCAGACCCUGUCAUACCUGCGCAGCCUGGUCACCCUUCGCCUCCGUCACCUCAGCAUCAUUGCUCUGGACGACCAGAACUUCCGCAAGCUGUCUAACCUCCGGGCUCUGGACAUUGAUCACUGGCCGUACCUGGAGUACAUCUCUCCUCUUAGUUUCCAGGGCCUGGACCUCCAUCGGCUCUCCAUCACCAACACCAACAUAACCUCUGUCCCCUCCAGUUCCUUUAAAAACCUGGUGCAUCUCACCCACCUGAACUUGUCCUACAAUCCCAUCACCACCCUAGAGCCCUGGGCCUUCAAAGACCUGCUGAGGCUGAAGGAUCUCAUCAUGGUAAGCACAGGGUUGAUGACAGUGGAGCUCCAUGCCCUCGGAGGCCUUCGACAAAUCCGGGUCCUCAACUUCUCCUCCAACGACCUGCAGACUCUUGAAGAGGGCUCCUUCCACUCUGUCAACAGUCUGGAGACCCUCAGAGUGGACGGGAACCCCCUGAUGUGUGACUGCCGUCUUUUGUGGAUCCUGCAAAGACGCAAGACCCUCAACUUUGACGGCAGAGUGCCGGUGUGUGCCGGGCCGGUGGAGGUGCAAGGGGUCAGCCUCAGCACCUUCACCGAUUCUGCACUCUUCGAUCACUUUACAUGCCAGAAACCUAAGAUACGCAACCGUAAACUACAGCAGGUGAUCGCUCGCGAGGGCCAACCUGUGAGUUUUCUGUGUCGUGCUGAAGGAGAACCUGCCCCUGCUAUUAUCUGGAUUUCCCCACAGCGCAGACGGAUAACAGCCAAAAGUUUAGGGCGCAUCACUGUUCUCUCUAGCGGUACCCUGGAGAUCCGCUACGCGCAGCUCACUGACAGCGGAACAUACAUCUGCAUCGCCAGCAAUGCCGGAGGAAAUGACACCUACUUUGCCACACUCACAGUGCGCGGCCAGCCACUCGACGCGGCCUCGGCCUUCUUCCUGAACCGCUCGCUGUACAGCGGAGAUUUCUUCAACGACACAAAUCUGAACAACACGCGUGUUUUCCUCAAGUUCACCUUGGACCUGACCACCAUCUUGGUCUCCACGGCAAUGGGUUGCAUCACAUUCCUGGGAGUGGUCCUCUUCUGUUUCCUGCUGUUGUUCGUGUGGAGCCGAGGACGCGGCCAACGCAAGAACAACUUCACAGUGGAGUACUCCUUCCGGAAAUCUGAGCCUGUCACCGGCAGCUCCUCGGGAGGCACCAGGAAGUUCAACAUGAAGAUGAUAUGAAACCACGCAGCCAGGGGUCCCGUGGGGGAGGCAUGAGCACGUCCCAAAAACGUGUUUGACACGCGCAAACACACACAGCCACUGACUCGCAUGAAGCGUUAAGCACAAUAAAAGUUCGAUUGGCUCCAUUCAAAAUGAAGUGCCCACAACAAAACCGGAGCCAUGAUAUGAUUUGGUUUAGGAAUAACUAAAUGACCCUGACCUCUCUGCCAUCCAGUGGUUUUAUUAAGCUUGUGGCGAAAAAUGUGAUACUUUUAAGAACUACAGUAUUGAUAGACAUGAAAGGAGCUCACUAGUCAUCAGUUCCUCGAUAAGAAUUGCAGAGUUAAGAAUAAUAGGAGCUAGGUUUUGGAAUUUGGAAUGAUUACUAUGCAAUGGGAUAACGGUGGCCAUGUUUCUCUGUUAAGUGAGAUUGGGAAAAACAUUUCCUUUUCAUUUAAAUACUUUACUGUAUUCUGUACAGUCAGGCAUUUAAAAAUAAAUAUUCUGCAGGGAGACCUGGCUACCUUCCAUUUAAAUAAUUUGUGGCCAUGCUCUUCUGCCCUGUUAAGAAUCACGGAUGUAAGUUGUGAGUUUGUGCCCCCAAAUGUUUUUCUGUAGAAGAUAUAAGUCCUUUAUAUCAACCACGGCUGAACAGUGAGGCAGGUUUUUCAUUAGAAUAAUUUUAAGUCAAGCUUAAACGCUGAAAAAUACUAACUGACAAUGAAAUCUGAUGAGAAGCGCUGGAUUUGGACAAUCCACAUAAAUUAAAAAUAAACAAAAGAUUUGGCCUUUUCUUCUUCGGGAGACUUUGCGACAACGUCAGCUGUGUGAGUUUGGGACGAGCGCACCGGCCGAGAGCUGCCGUGGCUGCCCGUGGCCCGGAGGGUUUGGUUAGGAAGUCAAGCCCGUCGAUCACAGGCAGCCACUGUAACUAUAGCAACCAACACCAUAGAGAGCAAUGGGGAACAGGCUGGUGGCCGCGGGAGAGUCGCCGGGUAGAAGGGAAGGGGAAAAAGAGCACCCUACACCCUACACCACAAUCUCCAUCGGUGCCGUUCCACCACCUAGGAGUGAUUCAACCUGCCGGCCUCCACCUUCUGUCCCUGCCCUCUGCUGUGCUGGUGGACGCCUGACCUUCCCAGCGCUGCCGGGGGGGAGCAGCCCGGAGUGUCAGGUCACACUCAGAGACAGACAGAGAGGACAGGCAGUACCACUGUCAGGGUCUUCAAGUGAUCACACACUCAUUCUAGCAACAUAUGUACAGCACCUUUUCUCAGGAAAAGUCAAAUAAGUAUCCUGCCGAGUGUGUGUAGUAAAACAUACACGCUCUGUUAAAAUAUUACAUUCCAGCAAUACUGUUUGUAGAGCCAUAAAGCCAAAAUUCAUUCUCUAGGAGAGAACUGUAAAUGUUUGAGUGAAGAAACAAAGCCAUAGUAUGUGUAGAUGUUUUUUUUAUAGCGAGCCGUGUGCAUGAUUCAGUUAUAUGAUAAUAACUAUUGCUACUGCCAUUUUACAAGCUGGUGGGAUGAUCACAAGACCAUCUGCUGUCGCUGGCCUUGCAUAAAGUUGCACCCCAUGACACACAUACACACACACAAACACACACACAUACAUGUGGUUAAGCCUCAUUGAGGUUUUUGGGAUUUAUAGGAACAACAAUCACACUUCAGUGACCAUACAAACUGUUUAAGUGUGACACUGCUCUCUCUCUCUCUGUCUCUGAGACCGUCGGUGUGCGAAUGUCUCUGCCCCCCUAGCCCAGUGCAUCCCCCCUUCCUCACCCCCACCCCCACACCCCCACUGGGUCCUCCUUUGGGAGGGGUCCCUGGCUGGAGAUCGAGGAUUUGAAAUGUAAAUGAAGUUGUGUUAACCCUACCCACGCCAUGUGCAACGUAUAGUGGAGAGUAGUACUGUGGUUUUAAAACAUCCAACAAAAAAAUCUUCUUUGAAGUAGUCUGUUGCUUCUUGUUUCCCUUGUUCAUCACUUUAAUUCCCCCAAUGGUUGUUCUCCGUGAUCUUUAAACAGUUCACCGUCCUCCGUGUGGGACUGCCCUGUUCUCAACACCCAUUGAUCCCACACUUUAGACCUCGCUGGUGCCUGUUUGCACCUUGGUGUACACAAUCAGCUGGAACACGGAUUUAAGCGCCGGCUACCACGGUGCCACAAAUUACAUUAGAGUUGAAUAGAAUAGAAAGAACCAAACAAAGUUAUUGUGGCUUUAAUGUCUUUAAAUAUGCUGGAUUGUUUUAACUUCUGAAGUCCAUGAACCAGCUUUUUAUAAGAUAACACAAAUAUUUAACCACCCAAACUGACUCUUACAUUGAGAGUAGUUGUUUGUCAAUAUUUAAACACCGUAACAGCCAGUUGCUGUUCUAUUUCUAACAUUAUCAUAAAUACUUUAAAAUGGUGUUAUCUACAUAAAAACACAACCUUCCCCCUUGUGUGUGUAGCACUUGGGUUUCUGUCUGUGUAGCUGUAAUCACAGGCUGGGAGAGGCAUGGUGGAAUAGCAAUUGGCUUUGCAAAUGUUGUGUGUGUCAUUAGGACGUGCCUUCUUUUUUUUGCCUACAUUUAAUAUAUGUUUGCAUUUCGAAACCAGAUAGCCGUAAAUGGGAAAUUAUGAAGGACACAAACUUAGGGGAAAGUUAAGUCAUGUGGAGCAUUGCAACAUUUUUAGGGGUCAUACUACAGAUAGUGGGGAGCCACUAUCUAAAGUAUGCCUACUAUAUUGUAUAAAGAUGAACUUACAUUUUGGGAAAUAAUUUACCCAGACCUCAGAGUCUCAAAACUUUGUCUUAAAACAUCUUUUUACAAACUCCCUUUUGUCCCCCGUGAGGGAUGAUGAAACCACGGCUUCUGUGUCAGGAUGAAUAACUCAACAGCUGUUAAACAUUCAUGAGGCCAAAUGAGAAUAGAUGAACAAAUUGGGCUGUUUCUCUUUUUUUUUUUUACACCGCCUCUAACAGUGUCAGCCGGCCAUUUUGGUGUUGAGAACAGGAGGUCGCCUUCAUGGACGGCUCCUCUCCCCUUCGUCGACCCCCCUUUGUGUUUCAUUUCCCUGGUAAUUCUCAGUGGAAACUAGGAUUAGAGGACAGUGAGAAUGUCCAGUGAUUGUAGAUGGCGUAAUCGUGCAAACAUCAAUCACAAAUGUAAGCGUAGAUGAGGGUGUGUUUUGUUUUGUUGUCAUCUUCUCCUCCUCCCCCUUUCUACCUUCCUCCACCCCUCCCCCCUUUUGUCCUGCCUUCCUCACACUUCCCUCCCUUGUUGUCCCUGUUCACAGUAAUAGGCUGGAUUAUGGUUGUGUGGUAGUAGACACGUGUUCUGUGUGGUCGGUGAGUCCACCUCGUCGUGUUAUGAUUUGUUGCUCCUUUUGACGCCAUUAAACAUCGGCAUCGGAGUGAAGACAAAAGAGGAAAGGGGUGACCCAGGUUCCCUAAAAAAAACAAAAAAAACAUUGGUUCCCAUUUCACAUUCUACGUAUUUCUAAAAAAAAAGCACUUCUGGAACUUUCUCGCUCUGCACAGCAACGUUCUGGGAUCUUUCCCUGGAUGUGAAAGCCAACAGACUAUACUCUAUGUGUUUUCUCUGAUGAUAUCAUGUCAUACUUUAACUUUCAAAUGGGGGGUUGGGUUGUUCUAAUACUGUGACUGUGAGCCUUCACUCACUUUCAGCCUACUCUGGUCAGGGUUAAAAACAAGCAUUUGCCUCUAUUCAAGACAAACCUUUGAAAUCUAGCAAAGGCUUUCAGAUUUGCUGUUCUUCACCUCUCAAAUUUUCUGCCAGAUAUCCUUUAUCAAACACUAAAAAUAUAUUAAACAUUUUGAAUUGACACACGUCAAUGGCCAUUGCCUCAGACAUAUUCUGUGUGUCGUAGAUACCAGUGAAGCUGGAGCUUGAUUCAUUUCCUCAGCUGUAUUAUUGGAGAAAGUAGGCUGAGCGAUCCCCUCCGCCCUCCUCCGCUGUGCCCUUGCAUCGGGUUGAUGUACUGUAGCCUAGACGCCCCAUUUACAGCAGCAGCAACCUCACUACUAGGAUGCCUUCCACUGGGUAACUCUGCAAAGACCCAUGGACACGCCCACAUGGAGACAAAUCCUGAGACACCAAUAAUCAUGGCUUAUUUCUGAGCUGAGCCUAAUGUGCUAUUUGACAAACAGGACUGAAUUUCUUCAUGUAUUUCUACUUGGUUUCCUCUCUGUUGCUCUUGCAUUCGUCUCCUGCACCAGAUCCGACAGCUGCUGUUUCGAUUGGACUCAGUAAGAGUUGAAUUAUCAGAGCUGAGAGGAGCAGUAAUGGGAUGAUGGAGAAGUGAGCUCGACUGAUUUGGUGAUUACUGGGUUCAUUAAUCUGGUUUCCAUAGCAUCCUUCCCCGUGACAAUGUGUCAUGCAAAUACUAAAGACUGAAUUUGUGGUUUUAUUUUUGCAUUUUUACAUACCUGUUAGAUGGUAGUUCCCUCUAAUUGGACAAAGAAAACGUUAAUACAAAGCUGUGACAUACAGGUUUAAUUGGGCAGGACAUCGCGAAACGAUUGUUUAAAGCAUCUUGAGGAGUCAACUGCUUCAUCUUAACCUUGACCAGGCAACUGCAAUCCGCCCCCCUUUCUAUGUGUCAAUACUGGGCCCAAGUGGUCCAUGUGAGUAACAGCAACAAAGUGGGACCAUGACGCUGACAUAACAGUAUCAUUGUGUGUGGUGGGGAAAACAAAUGAAGCUCUGGGUCUCGUACAGUGAAACACUAACGAGAGCAAAUGUUUGAUUUAUACGUCAGCGUUUUCAUUUUUCUCACGGCCACAGCGUCGACUCCUCUCCGCUGUGGCUGCCCGGGGUCGUUGUUUACUUUCUCAGGCGUGCUGAGAAGAGGCCUCCAUCCAAUCAGAAACGUUCUGACCAGGCAUCGCUGUGACUCUGUAGUUUUCUGACUCACCCACAACUCUACAAAUAAUAAUAACAAAACAGUGACACCAUGUCACAUCAUCAUUCUUUCUCAAUAAUAUGGCUGGUAUAAGAUGAGCUAAUUGGCCUCAGAUUCAAUCGCUCUCUUUCUUUUGGUUUCAGCAGGUUUAAUCUAUGCAUGCCUUUCGUAUACAGUGAUUGGUCUCUCAGCUACGCCGGUACGGAGAGCUACGGGGGCCGCGCUGCUGGCCAUGGGACUGGUUGAAACAGACUCAAUACGAGAGCAGGUGGGACCAUUAAAGUGUUUUCGGUCUGGUAAUCACUUGCACUUGCAUUCACAAAUAUUUAAAGGAGUGUUCAUCUUACAAAUGAAGCAUUUGUUUACUCGGGAUGAUUGUACUUUUACACAUAUCUAUUCACACACAGAGGACAUGGUAAUCUGUAGAUAAAACUAUUGAUAUUCCAAGCAGGAUGGUAGGACUGAUCAAUACCGUAUGGGGAUUGGAUGAUUAAUGGCAUACUUUCAUUGAUCUUGAACCUUGCCACUCUCCCAGAAUCCCUCUGAAGUAGGAGCAGGUGAGCGGCGCUCUUACAGACCUGGUUAGCACUCAUUCCUAGGUUUCCACAUUACCUUCUUAGAUGAAUUUCCUCUUUUAAGAACGAGAUGGUGCCAGAUUUAGACUUUUUCUUUCCCAGGUCUGAGCCUACGUCACGCUCUUUUACCUCUCCCACACUUCAGAGGAAGCGGCCUCUGUGUCUUUAGCUCUGUAUUUAUUGGAGCCCUCUAACAAAAUAGUUUCAGUUCCCAAAUUGGCUAAAUUAUUUUUCUCUUCUCUGUCUUUCUCUUGUUUCUGUCUGUCUUUUCUCUCUUUCUCUCUUUCAACUUGGCGCCAACCUCGUUAAACGUUUUAGAACAUUUUUCAUGCACACAGCUGGUUUUGUAGCCUUUAGCCACAGUCAUCACUGACCCCAGAAACCUAGGAAUGGGUGCUGAGCGCUCCAAUGUAAUGCAGAGCUAAAAAUGACCAUUAAAGCACAAGAUGGUUCAUAUUAGAGGCUGUCAUACAGCAACUACCAAAUUCCUCUCUGUUCCCUGAAACACCGGACUGUGCCAGAAUUAUAACAUUUCAAUUUUGCACCACGGUGUGUGGAUCCUUGAGUGUAAAGAACAGGAACUGUAUAUAUUAGAACUAUUAGCCAUAUCAUGUCAUCAAAUCUGUAGACCUCCUUGCCAUGUCUGACAGAGGGAAAUGACUGUUGAACUGUAAAUAGUGUAGUUAUAGUAAUAUAGGAUUUAAAAGCUGUUUCUUUACUCCAGGGAUCACGCGUGUUUUGCUCAGUCCCAUGGCUGCUUGGUCUCAAAGGGAAAGAUGAGACAAUAACUCAUAUUAGUUCUUUUUUUAUUUCGAAUUUUUGUUUUAUAUACGGUCUGUCUUGUAAAUUAACUCCUUUCAUCAUAAAAGCAUGAUGUUACUCUGUCAAAAGUGUCCAGUGUCUCUCUUCGCCUGCCGCUAAUAUACAGAAACCUCCACCACGUGGUCAAUAUAAUUGUUUAAUUUAAAAACCAUGGGACCUGAUCUGCUGCUAUAACAGCAUCCACUCUCUGCGGGGGCUUCCCACAAGAUUUGCUCUCUUUGAUCUGCCAAGUGUUCAUGUUUUCUAAGUAUGAAUAUGUUAGGAUAUUGUGAUGUACAUAAUUGUAUGACCAGAUACACACAACAGUUAACACUGUUGUAAAAUAUUUAGAGUUGGUAAAUGUAUUUUAAAACUGUAUUAUUAAAUUAGAUUUUAUUCUGUUGAUUUUUACAAAAGCAGUUGAUCAUUUAAAAAAAAAAAAGAUCCCAAAAACGAUGUGUUCUAUGAUAUUUAUUCACAGAGUCCUUAUGAGGACAUAAAGAACAGAGCCAGUUAUAAUAGACCGCCAAUCGCAUUACUCACGCUUGAUUGACAAAAGCUGGGAUACAGUAUGAUUUUUUCCAUGUUAUAAUGAUGGACUAUAUAUUUGUUUCCUUGGCUGGUUUGGAGUAUUGUUCGAAGUAAAUACAGUCUAUUUUUGAGUGUA